CUGUUGAGGUCCUCCAAUCAAGAUCUUACCCGCGUAUCCGGUAGUCUAACUCACAAUUCUGUUCAACCCCCCUGGAGAGGUUAGAUACCGUUUGCUUUGAUGCCUGCGCACAACUAAACAGCAACUUGGAUGCAGGUCCCGGAUCCAGAGAACAGUCGGCCAUCUCGCAAAGGAUUGGGACCCAGAAGCAGACCCAACGAAAUCCUUCUUUAUUUGCCUACAAUCUAAGUUCUCGGGUCCUUGACUCUCCAGAUGUCGACUGAUUCAUAAUACUGAUAGCCAGGAGAUAUUCUACCUCAAUUGGUUCCGUUUUGAAUCAAACCAGAAGCAUCGUAGGGCUCAAUUCAUAAUGACCGUCCCAGACGAUUACGUCCCAGGUUUCGUCUGCCAGCUGGGCACUUGCGACGUGGAAGAAUGGGGCUAUGUUCAUUACCAGCCGAGCAUACCAGGAAACGCGCUCUUCUUGGCUAUCAUCGUGCUCUUCGCAAUUUGUCAACUUGCUCUGGGCAUAUAUUACAAAACGGGACUCAUGGCAGUAUCGAUACUCCUUGGCCUGGCGACGGAAGCCCUCGGUUACAUCGCUCGAAUACUCCUGCAUACCAAUCCGUUCGACAGAGCAUACUUCUUGUGGUACCUGAUCUGUUUGACCAUCGGCCCCGUGUUCAUUGCGGCCGCCAUCUAUUUGAGCCUCGGCCGGAUCGUCGUAGUCUAUGGGGAAGAUAUAAGUCGGAUCAAGCCUCGAACUUACACUAUCAUUUUCAUGGGAUGCGAUAUCAUCAGUCUCUGUAUUCAAGCGGUCGGUGGAGGUAUCGCUGCAUCGACACCUAUCACUAAUCAAACUAUGAUCGAUCUUGGAACACAUGUUCUUAUCGCAGGUCUCUCGUUUCAAGUCGCCAGUUUGUUUGCAUUCACUGCAUGCAGCCUUGAAUUUCUGUGGCGCGUCAAAAAAUAUCCAGGUUUGCGUAAUCCGGAGUUCGCCGACCUCGUGAACAGCAAAAGAUUUAAGUUGUUCCUAUGCUCACUAUUCAUAGCAACGACACUAUUAUUCAUACGAACGGUUUUCCGGUCUGUAGAGCUCAGCGAGGGGUUCUCGGGGAAGUUGGCAAACAAUGAGGUCCAGUUCAUGAUUCUAGAUGGAGUCAUGGUCAUUCUUGCAACAAUGUGUAUAACUGUUUGGCAUCCGGGGUAUGGAUUUCAGAAGCGAUGGAACGAUGCUAGAUUCCGGUUCCGCACACCCAAGGCCAUAGGCGAUCAAGAAGAUCCACAAUCAAUCGUUGCUGGAGGCUCGGAGGGCAGCGAGAAAGUAGAACCUAUGGCAUCUGAAGCCGUAGCCGUCGCGAGUCGAACCCAUUCCCAAAAAUGUUAAUCUGAAUAGGCGAUCAUUCUUGUAAUUUCAGACGCUUUGUUCUAUUAUUGUGGCCCGGGCUUGGUGGAGCUUAUUGGGAGCAACCAGGGACCUUCGCUUCACAACAAGGACACAUAUGAAGGGACAUGAGAACAUCGAGCAUCAUCCAUCAUAAUCUUUCUAACAUGAGCUACAUUGUCUAGUACUUCGUCAUGUAUGAAGAUUAUUGCACAAGCUGUCCUCAUAUCUUUCGAAUAGAAGAGAUUUGGAUGGUGUCGCGGCUUUAUGGUGAUGUGGAUCCAACUCCAUGAGCUUGAGCUCUCGUCCUCAGAACUCUUGUCAUUCUUUCAAUUACCUACAUCACAUCACGUCACAUAUUUCACCACCCCAAUACUACGUCAUUAAGGCUGUGAAGUGAUCGUUGGUACAAACCAUUGAUUAGAGAGUACUGACACAAUAUCAAUUCCUAUUAUUGGAUGAGUGCCUCGGG